GUCUACUAGUACACUUGCUUCAAACUACUCGUGUACUAGGUGAAACAUGAAACACUAAAUUGGGUUCUUUAAGACAAGAAUCUUUUUUCAAUGACUGCCUGUUUUUACUUUUCACACUUUCACCAUUCUUCCUUGUUUCAAGUGCUUUGCAGCUGCUUGCUAGCAUUUUACACACAAAAAUCUCACCCCCUUGAAAAUCCUUCUUUCAUUUCUCACUUACAAGCUUUCUCUCUCUAAAAUGAGGCCUUUAGGGCCUGUCAUAGGAAGGUACCCAUCAAGUGAUGGAGGGCAACUUGGUGGUGGAGUUAUUAAGCAAAACAGGAAAUGUAGAGAUGUAGUUUUUUUGGUAACCUUCGUUGCUUUCUGGAUUGGCAUGAUUGUCAAUUCUAGCUUUGGAUUCAACAAAGGAAACCCACUUAGGUUAAAUCACGGGUUGGAUUACAAGGGGAAUCUAUGUGGUGACAGGCAUGCCAAUCCGAAUCUCCGUGAACUGGAACUCCGAUAUUGGGUGAACCCUAAUCAGGUUCAUGAAAGUGGAUUGAAAAACAGCGCGUUCAAGCUAGCUGAUGCCAGAAGUAUUUGUUUAUUAGAUUGUCCUAUUCCAGCUGAAGAUUCACUUAACUGGGUCUGUGAUUAUCCUGAUGGAGAUAUUCAGCUCACUUUAGAUGAAUGGAUUGACAGAAACUAUGAUUACUUUGAAUUUCUUACCUCAGAUAUGAGAAACAGCUCACUUCAACUUCAAGGGCCUUGUUACCCUGUCAUCUACCCAAGUGUUAAUGUUUUUUGGAGCUGCCAAUUUAUAGCUCGUCCAUCAAAUAUGUCGCUACGGCAUUGGCAACAGAUGGGAGGAGUAAACAUCAAUGACGGCCUUGAAAUUGACAAUACAAUCCACAAAACUAUCAACUCUCGAUCUGCUGUCCUAAAAAGAUACAUGGCUGAUAUUGGAAAGUCAUGGCCGGUACUCAUUGUUUGUGGUGGAAUCCUGCCACUUUUCUUGUCAGUGAUUUGGCUGCUGCUCAUUCGACAUUUUGUUUCUGGGAUGCCGUGGAUAACAGUUGUACUUUUCAACAUUCUCGUAAUAUCAGUUACCAUGUUCUUUUAUCUUAAAGCUGGAUGGAUGGGUAAUGAUGCCGUCACACCAAUUGUUGGAGAGCAUGACCCAUAUGUUCACGUAUAUGGAAGGGAGUUAACUCAUCUUCGUGUUGCUGCUAUCGUGAUGACUGCUGUUAUGGGAAUUGCCAUCCUUGCAUCUAUUGCCAUAGUCAGACGCAUCCUCAUGGCAACAUCGGUUCUCAAGGUUGCUGCUAAGGUUAUCGGAGAAGUUCAAGCUCUUAUGAUAUUUCCAGUCAUACCAUAUGCCAUACUUGCAAUCUUUUACAUGAUAUGGUUAUCUGCAGCAUUCCAUUUAUUUAGCUCUGGUGAGGUUCGUCAAAAUAAUUGUGAAUCUAAUUGUUGCGCUUAUGAUCUUGGAUCAAAAAGGGUCAGCUGUGAACGCUGUUGUGGUUACAGUAUUCAUUAUACUCCUCACAUAGGAAUUGCCAUCCUCUUCCACAUGCUUGGUGGUUAUUGGGCAACACAUUUUUUCAUUGCAUGUUCGUCCACUGUCAUUGCGGGAUCUGUUGCUUCGUAUUAUUGGGCUCGUGGUGAUACCUCGCCAGACAUCACAUUUCUACCAGUUUUUGCCUCCAUGAAGAGGCUACUCCGUUACAACCUGGGUUCUGUUGCGCUUGGCUCUUUGAUUCUAUCAUUUGUGGAGUCGAUCCGUUUUAUACUCGAGUCAGUUCGACGGAAGAUAAAAGUUUCUUAUACUACCCCAGAUAAUUGGUUUGGGAAGAUGGUCCAUCAUUCUUCCAAGUGUUGCUUAAAGUGUGUUGAGUGGACAAUCAAAUCCGUGAAUCGUUAUGCCUAUAUAAUGAUUGCUAUAACUGGUAAAAGUUUCUUCAAGUCAUCUGCUAUUGCAACAGAAUUGAUUAUGAAUAACAUUCUUAGAAUAGGGAAGGUUAACGUUAUCGGAGAUGUCAUUCUAUCUCUUGGAAAAUUAUGUGUCAGCUUAUCAAGUGUGUUGUUCGGAUUCCUUAUGUUGGAUACUCACAGAUAUAAAUCGGCCCACAACAAGAUCUCCUCUCCGUUAUUCCCUGUGUUGGCAUGUUGGGCUCUGGGUUACGUUGUCGCCACAUUGUUCUUUGGUGUAGUUGAGAUGUCAAUUGAUACCAUAAUCCUCUCGUUUUGCCAAGAUGCCGAGGAACACCAGGGCAAUGCUCAAUACGCUCCGCCCCUUCUCAUCGAGACUCUUAACGACCAAAAUGAGACACAAAGACUCACACAAUGAUACAAAUACCGGUAUUUUGCAGUCUGGUUUAUCGCGCUCUGAAUUCAGAAGAACCGAGCCUGUCGUGAGCUUAUCAUUUGUAAUUGUUUUGGGUAGGUCAAAGUUAUUUUGUUAUGUAUAUAUUUUUUCAUUUCUAGCAAAUUUGAUUAUGGCCUAGGGGCUAGGGCAAGAUCCUGCUAAAGCAGGUGAUAUUUUAAUGGUAUAUCAAUAUAUUGUAAUCCUGAAAAGAGAACUUCUGGGGUCUAACAUUAUAACAGAUGCCCAUUAAGUAGUUUGUUUCUUUUAUGGAAUUCAGGCAACUUUUUUUUUUUU